GUUUUUCAACUUAAAUAAUAAUAAUUAUUUUUUCAAAUGAAAUAAAUCACGUCACCAAAACUUUAAGCGACAAGAAGAGGACAGAAAACAGAAUGAUGUAUAAACUAAUAUUUGCCAAAAAAUAAUCCAGUUUUUUUUGUAUAUAUUUAGUUCUUCGACAAACUCACUUAAUUGAGAAAUAGAGAUAGAGAUACAUCGUAUAGAUAAUUUAUUCAUACUAUUUAUACAGCGAACAAGGUGUGGUUUCUUUUUUUCACUCAAUCAACCUUUUGUUAAAUCAUGAUGGGCCUGAAGCACAUAAUAUUUGUGACAAUCGUAACUUGCUGUUAUUUGCAACAAUAUAAUUGCCAAAGUAAUUAUGCGUCACAAGCAAAUAAUAUCGAAUAUCAAGGCAAUGGUCUUCCAGAGCAAACAAUUCUCGAUGGAAAAGUUACAAAAUUAGAUGAUCUAAGUCCUGUAAUAUUUUUAAAUCGAACAAAGGCAGCUUUAAAUUGUGCAGCUGGAAGUAUGCAAGUUGAAUUGAAAUUUAAUGAUAAAUUUUAUGGUAUUGCAUACGCAGAUUUUGAUCGAAACUCAGCAUGUCGUGUGUCUGGUAGCGGUGAUAUUAGUUACAAAUUAGAAUUACCCUUAAAAGGAUGUGGUACAAGACAGGACCCUCAACGUGUUUUUACCAACAAUAUUGUUGUCCGAUUCCAUCCUGGAUUAGAAAUGGAUGGUGACGAAGUUAUAACAAUUGUUUGUAGAUAUCCACCACCAGUAGCACCAAUUCCAGCUCCAUUACCAAUUCGAGAAGAUUUAGUACCCGCACCAAUUUUAGAACCUCCAUUGAAUGGUUUACAAAUUUUACUCAUAAUAUGCGCCAUUUUGUUCUUAUCACUAGUCCUUCUAGGACUUGGUGUUUCAUAUUAUUGCUUAAGGCGAAGACAUUUGACAGUAGUUCGUCGACAUCCAUUCUCUGUUGGAAGUGGUUCCGAAAUUACCAAAUUAUCAGGCAGUUCAUUAGGAAAUAUUUCAAUGUUUGAAGGUUUGAAGAUCCCACGUGCUCAAUGUCCUGGAACUGCUACAGCCAGUAGUUCUGGCAGUGAAGGUCCCUUAAUAAGUGAUACAUUACCAUCUGAUUAUCCAUCAGAAUCACACAGUGAAAUUGAAGAUGUUGAUACGCGGUCUUUACCAGUCUCAUCAGCUGGUAGCUUUGAAAAUAAAGGAUACGUUCAAGAAACAAGCUCGUUUUAUAGUGACAGCUAUGGUCACACACAAGAAGUACAAAGUGCUUUGGCGACAGCAACAAUUGUGCCCCGAUUGCCAUUGGCUGUUAAAGAUCAACCUAAAUUCGAUAUUCAAGUACGUGUAAAACGUGCUCCGCCAUCACCUCCUUCAAUUGCCUCAACAUCAGAUACAGAGAGCUCCGUAGCUAGAACAGAACGUAACUUGACAACAAUAUUAGAGCAACGUGAAGAUACAAGUACUGUACGGACAGUUGACACACAAAAUAAGAGUACCCACUUCACAUAUGUCCCAGAAAUUCAUCCAGUACCCAAAUACAUUCAACAGCCUCCCGUAUAUUCAAGAAUUUUACGCCGUCAACAAGAACUUCAGGAAUCAUCCGAAUAUAGAGAAGCCCCACCUGUACCUGAAUGGGAUGAAAUUGAUCAACCACCACGCUUACAAUCGGCUCGAUCAAUGACUUCAUUAAACACCGAAAUGACUGACACACAUUCAAUGACUGAAAUUAUUGAUAGUAGUCAUAACAAAUUUGUAGCUCCAGCUCCCCCACCACCUCCUCCAAUUGUCCCAACCAAGCAUUAUGAAAGUACUAUCGAAAUGGAACGGCAUGAAAUCUUACAAGAACCACCAAUAACUGCAUAUCGUCAACCAGAAAUCACAUCACAUACUGUAGACGAUGUAUUUUUGAAAACAAUAACAGAGAAGAGGACAAUUGAGGAUAUUGAGAAACAUAAACGUUUGAUCACUGAGUAUUACACACGAGCUAAGCCACAAAUACAAGAGCCUGAACGUAAAUGGGAUGUUACCAUACGUAACAUACCCACUGAAGGUCAAGAUGCACCUGAUUGGGAAAAUUUCUCUGAUAUAUCAUCAGCAUCCAAUUUGACUUUAACUCCAAAACCAGAACGGGCACAAAUCAGUUUACCCCCACAAAGCUUUGUCACUGAUAAAGAUAUUCAUCUAUUUUCACCAGAACUAGUAGCGAGUACUCAAUCACCACCUACUGCUGAACGGAUAAUUCCAGAAACCUAUAUUUCAACUUUAGAAAUACCUAUUGUGAAUGAAGAAGUUCCAAACUGGAAUGUUCUAAUACGUGUAAUUAAACCAGAGGAUGAUCCACAAGAAGAAGCUUUGGUAAAUCAAUUAACAAUGGCAGAUAAGGUAAAAUGGCGUCAAAUUAUUACAACUGAAUCGACAUUACGAACAUUGUUAUCUGAAGCAGUUGUUCGUGAAGAUUUUGAACGUAUACGUUUCGAUCAACGUUACGAACGAUUAUUCGAACCACCAAAAUGGGAUGUAAUUAUACGAAUUUUAAGUCCUCCCGAACGACCGAAAAAUAGUAAUCGAUACCGAAAGAAAUCCGAUUGGGAUUCACGUAGCCGACGAAGCAGUCUACCUACAUUAUACGAAUAUGAUUCAGAUGGUGGAAGUUCCAUUCGUACGCUCACCAAUGAACCUCCAGUACACAGUGGUUACAUACCACGUACUCGAAGAAGUUCACGAUCAAGCUAUCGUAGCGAAGCUGAUUUACGAUCAAUGAGUGAAGUAAUGGUUGAUUUUGCAAGACCUGAACAUAUUGAUAAUCAAUCAGAAGCUUCGAGUUAUUAUCAUCCAUCAAGAUACUACGAAGAUUCUGAACCUGACAAUGAUUAUUUACGACGCUCCUCAAGUCAACCAUCCUUAGUACGCUCUUUGAGUCAACCAAGUUUGGCACGAUCAGCCAGUGAAUUUACAGAACGAUGGAUUGCCCCUGUACGUUAUGAUACCGCCAGCGAAUUCACAUCACCAGAAACUACACCGAAAUCGCAAAGAAGUACACGAAUGCAACAAGUAUUAUCAUCACGAUAUCCUUCUGGAGAUGAUCAAAUCCAUGCGAUGGAACGUAGUUGGCAGCAAGCUUCGUCAAGUAGACAAUUAUCAAGUCAACCUCGAGGUGGUGAUGUUUUAACAUCAUCACAAGUUGUCCGAGAAGAAUACAUCAAUGAAACAACAAGUUUCCAAUCAAAAUCGGGCGGUUGGUUUGGCGAUAAUAAUAGUGACACUCGUUUUAAAUAGUUUUAAUAUAGAUGUAAAGUUUUCAAAACAAGUUCCUAGGCGUAAGUAUGAAUCAAUAUUUUUUACUUAGGCGAGGUGAAUAAAUUCUACGUCACUAUUAUAGCAACAUAUAGAAAAAACUGCCAAAAACAUAAAAGAACUGCCAUUUUUUCCUUAGAUGAGAAACAUUUGUAUCAAAGCUGUUUAAGAAACUCCAAAAAGAACCUGCCAGCAGCGAUUUUGUAGCAUCUUGAUUUUGUCCUGAUUUUAAACGAAUAGGCCCGAUUCCAUUACCAUGGAAACUUCGAUACUAUAUUAUCUGUUUCUAUACCAUACCAUCAUUGUAGUAAACGCUAUACAUUUCUUAUAUAUAUCUCUCAUAAGUGCAACUCGUCUCAUUGCACCGUACUUUGGCAAUUUGUUUUAUAAAUCAAAAAACGUCAUAUCGCAGAGACCGGCUCAGCACAAAAUGAAUCUGGGAAUAGAGACUAAAUCUGUUAAAACUAAGAGAAAUUUUCGAAGAAAAGCAAAAAUUACAAGAGAGACAGCAAUCGUUCUUGUUUAUGAAGAACUUAUUCAAAGGAUAGUCGGUAUGUUAGAAAAAAGUACAGGUAGGUUAGAAAAGUUCAUCGAUUAAUAAAGUAGUCCAUGGUAAUGGAAUCAGUCCUCCAUCGAGAAGACGUCUAGGAAUUUAUUCAAAGAAAACCAACUACCAUCGAUUAAUAUAUUGAAAGUAAUUGUACUAUCAAUAUAAUUAAUUCCAAUAAAAAAUAUUUUGGA